AUGCAGCUGGAACACCGCCACGGCGCAGCGCACGGUGCAGCGAGCGUUCGCGUGGGGCAGACGGGCAGACCGCGCCUGCGUGGGGGGAGAGCCGCGGCGUGGGGCCUCUGCGCGUGCAGCCUCCACGCGGAGGUCAUGGACGUCGUGUUCAACGGCCACGCUGGUUGGCCUCAGGCGGCAGGCGAGGGACUUGUAGAGUGCGACCUCAUCGCCGACCGUCUCGUGUGGCGUUUGGCUGUGGACUGCUCCGCCGCGGCCGGGGCUACGUGGCCCAGCCGUGCGGGGCAGGGGGCGGGCUCGCCCUGGUACAGCGCCGCCCGCCGCGCAUGGACGAACCUCAGGCCAGCCGCGGCGCUGGCGCGGGGGUGGGGGCCGCCGAAGGCUGCUCCGAGUGGGGACGGAGGCGGCGGCGCCGCGGCGGCGCCGGCGGCCCCCGCGCCGCGGCGGGCGGACGGCACCGUCGGCGAGGGCCUGGGCGCCUCGGGCCGCGGCGCCGCUUGCACGGGCGGCGCCGAUGCCGUGCCGGCGCUGCGGGGCGCCUGGCUGCACGACGUCUCCGUGUCUUCGGAGGGCGACUCGAUGGUCGCGACGCAGGUGGCCCCGAGCUCAUGGCGCGAGGACGCCCUGCGCGAGGAGGUCGGCAGCGCCGACCUGCCCGACCUGUCGGGGUUCGGCCCGCUCCCGAGGGUCUGCGAGGUGUGGCCGAGGCUCGGCGCCAAGAGCAGGAUCUUCUGCUGCGGGCACUGCGUCACUGGCCCAGCUAUCGACAUCUGGUACAACCUGUGCGCCUGGUUUAGCAUCUUCAUCCCGUCGGCCUUCUACUUUUAUGUCUGCGCGCCGCACCUGUGGCGCCAGGUGAGCCCGUGGCUGCCGAUCCUGACGGUGCUGGUGUUGGCUUCCACCGUGGUGCUGCUGCUGCUCACGUCCUGCACGGACCCGGGCAUCCUGCCGGGGAUGGCCCUGCAGAAGCUGGUCCCAGGCCUUGCGGAGGAGGUCGCAGUAGUCAUUUCCGACGGCCUCGCGGGCGGCGACGUGCCCCCGCUCCUGGACCGCGCGGUGCAGGGCCCUGGCGGCUCGUUGGAGCUGACGCCCGAUCAGCAGGCCAGGGGCUACCGGUGGUGCGAGACGUGCAAGGUUAUUCGUCCGCCGCGGUCGUCGCAUUGCCAGUACUGCAACAACUGCGUGAUGAUGUUCGACCACCACUGCCCGUUUGUGGGGAACUGCGUUGGGAAGAGGAACUACCCGUUCUUCUCUGGCUUCCUGGUCUCCACGAGCUGCCUCGGCUUCGCCGUCGUCUCGGGAGCUGCAAUAUAUUACUUGGAUGUUGAGCAUGCUGGAGGGCAACCGCAUGAUCGUUUGGGCCUCCAGGGCCCGGCGCUGCUGGCCCUGCUGGCGCUCCUCGGCGCGCCCACUGCCGCGCUGCUGCUCGGCGUGUUCGGCCUGACCGCCUUCCACGCAUUCCUCGCAUGCCGCGGGCGGACGACGAAGGAGGUGCUCACGGGGCGGGUCUCGCUGGGCGGCCGCGCCUCCUGCGCGCUGAGGGGGCCCUCGCUGAUCCACGCGAGGUCCAGGGUCGCCACGCCGGGGUCGCUCCCAGCCGUCGUCUGA